AUGUCGGGUGAGUUAAUCGACAGUACACUGUGCUUCAUUUCCUCUUUCAGACGACGUGAACGCAGUCAUUUCGAUCGUCGACGCCAGUCUCGCGGACGGACUCUUCGAUGCCGCCAAAAUUUCCGAAGGACUCGAGGCGAUUGUUCAAUUGGGAGCUGUCGUGAAGGGCUACAAUCCGGACGAGCCGAUCGCAGAGUUGGCCGAUUUGAAAGGAAAACUUGAAGAGGUAAUAAUGGACGUUGUACACGAUUGAAAACGUUUUGAUAGUUGUCCGGAAAGUUGACCGAGCAUCUCAACGAACUGACCGCACUUAUUGGAGGCGAUGAGGGUUUUUACAAGGUGAGCGCUCACGGCGAGUGGCAAAGAAUAGUGAGAAAAGCGUGCAGACGUUGACGGAAACACUCACUAACUUGCUGACGGUUGUGGCUGAAAGUGUGGGCGAGCCCGACGACGACAAGAAAGGAAGUGUGGAAGGCGCAGUCAACGAAAACCCUCCAUUGGAGUAUGGAUACGUAAGUGACUACACGGAACCCCCCAGGCAUUCCAAUGCGCAAGCGAGUUGUCAAUGGGGCGCGCUUGCAUCCACCGUCGACUCGCAGUUUCUUUUUUCAAUUCAAAACCAGAAUUCGUUCGUUUUUCUCUUAAUAAACACUCCAAUUUUGUUCAUUGCGAACCGUAGGGCGAUUGUCUGAGUUAAAAGCAUCGAUUUAAAGGUGGUGUCCAACGUGACAUAUUCUUAAAAUUAACUUCGAAGUGGGGCCUUCACUUUCCCGAAGUCCCGAAUUACGAAAAAAAUUCCCCGAUUUUUAAGAUUUUUUUCAAAAAAGUUAAUGGUACCGAGAGAAGUACACGGCGAAAUGGAAGAGCUGGCCUAGAUUUGCAAUAUUUAAAAAAAAUUUAUGAUUUUUUCUGUGCCGUGACGCCAAAAAAAUCGAUAAUCUAAAACUUUUUUUGUUGUUUUUCCGGGUUUUUCGCUCAAUCUUCGGUUUGCGCGCUGAAAAAUAAAUAGAAAGAGAUGGCUCAAUCAUUUCCUGAGUCUAAAUUAAAGUUUGCGAGUUACAGAAAGUUUUUUUUUUCAAAGUAAUGCGAAAAAUCCAAAACUUUCUAUUUUCAGUUUUACAAAAAGUGGCUGAAUUUCUGAAUUUUGAAAGUUUCAGAUUAUCGAUUUUUUUGGCGUCACGGCACAGAAAAAAUCAUAAAUUUUUUUAAAUAUUGCAAAUAAGUGUGUAAAUAUUGCAAAUAAGUGUGUGUUAUUGAAAAUUUAAGAAAAUUGCACGAAAACGGAAAAAAAUCGGAAGAAAGGGGAAUUCCAUCCGGGGACUAGAAAAAUCUGGGCCAGCUCUUCCAUUUCGCCGUGUAGUUCUUCUCUCGGUACCAUUAACUUUUUUGAAAAAAAUCUUAAAAAUCGGGGAAUUUUUUUCGUAAUUCGGGACUUCGGGAAAGUGAAUGGCCCACUUUGAAGUUUAUUUUAAAAAUAUGUUGUAUGUCACGUUGGACACCACCUUUAAGCGCUCAACCGUCGAAAAAUGUACAGAAUUGAGAUAAUUUAGGCAAAUUUUCGAUUCCGAAAGGAAAAAAUUCUGUAAUUUUCACAUAAAACGUUUCGAAAUUGAUGACGAAGCGGUUAAAAUUUCAUUCAUUUUUUAUUCAUUUCUAAUCAUUAUUAUAAGUUUUGACACUGAUUGGUUCUGAAAAGAUGGGGAUAAUGCAAAAAAAUGGGAAAAUUGAAAUGAGAAACUCUACAACAACGACGCUCCAGAAUUACGCAUUACGCGCCUUGUUUAGCGCACGUGAAUUGCGUGCCAACGGAAUUUUUGAUUGGAAGGCUGGCGUCUUUUGCUUUGACUAAACACUUGUUUCCAUUUAUAGAAGCUGCAAAGUGUACUGGGACAAGAUUCCGGAAAUCCAAUCAAGAUUGCAUGGAAUCAAGAUCCACAAGAGUCGACUGUCCUGCACUGGAAGACAAUUUUGGGCAGUGUUUUCGGCCAACUGGUCAGUUAUCGAUUGAAUUUUUCGGCAACAACUGAUACUAGCCAUUUUUGCAGUUGUUCAUCGAAGCCUACGUGAGCGGUUUGCUGCGCAAUGGAGAUUUGUACGGAGCGGAGGAACUCAAGUUGCUUGUUACCGGAUUUGACGAAGAUGUUGAGAAGUGGAAGAAAGAAUUGGAGCCUGAAAGCUGA